UAUGGGCAAAGUAAAAACAUUGACUGGUCUGCGUUAUUUUAAAGCUUACAGAGUUUAAUCCAGAGAAUACCCAAGCAUGUCGCGUUUCAGCGGAGCUCUGCAACUGACCGACCUGGAUGACUUUAUAACUCCCUCCCAGGAGUGUAUAAAGCCCGUAACGAUAGAUAAGACAAAGUCAAAGACUGGCGCUAAAAUUACAGUGGAAGCUGAUGGCUACUACGAGGAAUCUGAGAGCGGCAAGCAGAAGCUACAGAAAGUUGAGAUCACACUACAGGAUUGCCUUGCCUGCUCCGGCUGCAUUACGUCCGCGGAGGGGGUGCUGAUCACCCAGCAGAGUCAAGAGGAACUGCUCAAGGUGCUGCGCGAGAAUCAAACGCUCAAGGCCUCCGGGGACAAUGAACAGGUGCGCACAAUUGUGUUUACAAUCUCGGUGCAACCGCUGCUGAGUCUGGCGCAUCGUUAUGAUCUCAGCUUGGAGGAAGCGGGUCGCCAUUUGGCCGGCUAUCUGCAACAAUUGGGCGCCGAUUAUGUGCUGUGCACAAAGAUAGCCGAUGAUCUGGCGCUCCUGGAGUGCCGGCAGGAGUUUGUCGAGCGCUUUCGCAACAAUGCCGAGCUGAGCAUGCUGAGCUCCUCGUGUCCCGGCUGGGUCUGCUAUGCGGAGAAGACGCACGGCAAUUUCAUUCUGCCCCACAUUGCCACCACACGUUCGCCGCAACAGAUAAUGGGUGUGCUGGUCAAACAGUUGUUGGCCGAGAAGCUGGGCGUAUCCGGCUCACGUAUUUACCACGUGACAAUUAUGCCAUGCUACGACAAGAAACUGGAAGCAUCCCGCGAAGAUUUCUACAGCGAAGUAAGCAGCUCACGGGAUGUGGACUGUGUAAUUACUGCAAUUGAGGUGGAGCAAAUGCUUCAGGCCGAGGAGCAAACCUUGCAACAAUUCGAGCCAAAAGAUCUGCACUGGCCAUGGACGGAUCAGCAGCCAGAGUCGAUGCUCUGGGCACACGAGUCAACAAUGUCCGGCGGCUAUGCGGAGCACAUAUUCAAAUAUGCAGCCAAAGAACUCUUCAACGAGGACACUCCCACUGAGCUGCAGUUCAGGGCGCUACGCAAUCGGGACUUUAGUGAGAUCUGCUUGGAGAAGGAGGGCAAAGUACUCCUCAAGUUUGCAAUUGCUAAUGGCUUUCGCAAUAUCCAAAAUCUAGUACAGAAGCUGAAGCGUGGCAAGGGACCGGGCUAUCAGUUUGUCGAAGUGAUGGCUUGCCCCUCCGGCUGCAUCAAUGGUGGCGCCCAGGUGCGUCCCACAACGGGACAGCAUGUGCGCCAGCUAACCCAACAGCUGGAGGAACUCUACAAGCAGUUGCCGCGCUCCAAUCCGGACAAUACCCACACCAAACAGAUCUAUGCGGAUUUCUUUGACGGAACACAUACGGACAAAUCCGCACAGCUUUUGCAUACCAGCUAUCAUGCCGUGGAAAAACUAAACACAGCCCUAAAUAUUAAAUGGUGAUGCAGAAUAUGUUUUUCUUCUUUUUCAUCCGAAUCCGAUGGAGAAAUGUCUUUGAAAGUUGCUUGUCAGCUUAUAUUUUACUUUGUUUGGUAGUAAUAAAUAUUUGUAUAUUG